AUGACAUCAUCCGUGCUUCCGAAGAACAAAAGGACCAUCCACACCGCGGCAUGCCUCAUCAUUGGUGACGAGGUCCUUGGUGGAAAGACAAUCGACACCAACUCUGCCUACCUCGCCAAAUACUGCUUCUCCCUCGGCAUCCAGCUGAAACGAAUCGAAGUGAUUGCCGACGAUGAGAGCGAAAUCAUUGAGGCCGUGAGGCGCAUGAGCGACCGCUACGACUUCGUCGUCACCAGCGGAGGCAUUGGUCCAACCCAUGACGACAUCACCUACGAAUCGAUAGCCAAGGCAUUCGGUCUGAAGCUGAAGCUCCACGAAGCGGCCUUUGAGCGGAUGAAGAAGCUGUCGAAGCCUCACCCCAUGCAGCCGAACUUCGACUGGGAGACACCGUCGCCCAGUCUGACUGCGAAGCUGCGCAUGGUCGAGCUCCCGCACGACGACGCCAUCCCGCUAGAGGAGCAGGCGGUAUUCGUGGCGGACGACAUGUGGGUGCCGAUCGCCAUCAUCAACGGCAACGUGCACAUCCUGCCGGGUGUGCCUCGCCUUUUCGAGCGACUGCUCGAGCAUCUCAAGCCCAGCCUGCUGCCGCGGUUGGUCAACCCCGAGGGAAAGGGCAUCUACCGCUACUUGUUCAGCACGCCGCUUCCGGAGAGCGAGAUCGCGCCGUACCUGACAGAUCUGGCCGCCAAGGUGUCGUCGAGGAACAUCAAAGUUGGCAGCUAUCCGCGGUGGGGGAAUAAGCUCAACACGGUGACUCUGGUGGGCACCGACAAGGAGUUUAUGGACUCGCUUAUUCCGGAGGUUGAGCACCAUGUCAACGGAAAGAAGGUGCUCAAGGAGGAUGAGCUUGACCCUCCUUCGGACGCUGAGGAGGAAAAGUGA